UCCACAAAGUCAAACUUCAUGACACGUGUUUUUAUUUUUGGACUUAAUUUAAAAAAGGUUAGGUUUACAAUCACACUUUAAAAAGAUACGUUUUAGAAAUAGGCGGGGUUUCUGACUUUGUGGCUAUGGUAACUAAGUGAGUCGCUAAAGCGUGAUGAGCCAACCCGGAUAACGCUGUGCCAAUUAUGGGACUUCCGAUCACGGCCGGUUGUGACAUUUACACAACCCUGGUCUGUUGUGACGCCUCUAGCGCUGCAGUGCCUUAGCUGCGGAGUCGGAGAUUUCCGAGAUUCCAGUUGUUUUGAACGCGAUAUUAGCUGCCUGCAGACGAUUGUGCCUGACUAGAAAUACAGGAACUUUGCAGAGAUGAUCAACAGCCUGUUCUUGAUCAACCCUUCGGGGGAGAUCUUCCUGGAGAAGCACUGGAAAAGUGUGGUCAGUCGGUCGGUGUGUGACUACUUCCUGGAAGCCAAAGAGAAGGCUCUGGAACCUGAGGACGUUCCACCUGUCAUACACACCCCUCAUCACUACCUCAUCAGCAUCUACAGGGACAAGCUGUUCUUCCUCUCUGUCAUCCAGACUGAGGUUCCUCCGCUGUUUGUCAUUGAGUUCCUCCACCGCAUCGCAGAGAUGAUCCAGGACUACUUUGGGGAGUGUUCGGAGACAGUAGUCAAGGACCACAUGGUGAUGGUGUAUGAGCUGUUGGAAGAGAUGCUUGACAACGGGUUUCCCCUGGCAACCGAAUCUAACGUCCUCAAAGAGAUGAUCAGACCACCCACCAUCCUCAGAUCUGUUGUCAACACACUGACAGGGACCAGUAACGUUGGAGACACGUUGCCAACUGGUCAGCUGUCGACCAUCCCGUGGAGGCGGGCCGGAGUGAGGUACACCAAUAAUGAAGCUUACUUUGACGUGGUGGAGGAGAUUGACGCUAUCCUGGACCAAUCAGGUACAACAGUGUUUGCAGAGAUCCAGGGCGUGGUCGAGGCGUGUGUCAAGCUGUCUGGUAUGCCCGACCUCACACUCUCCUUCAUGAAUCCUUGUCUCCUUGACGAUGUGAGUUUCCACCCAUGUGUUCGCUAUAAACUCUGGGAAUCUGAGCGCGUCCUCUCCUUCAUUCCCCCUGAUGGGAACUUCACCCUAAUGACCUAUCACGUCAAUGCACAGAAUCUUGUAGCCAUCCCAGUGUAUGUGAAGCAGAGCAUCAGUUUCUUUGAGUGUGGUUCUGAUGGCCGUCUGGACGUGACCGUUGGACCGAAGCAGACCAUGGGGAAGACGGUCGAAGGGGUGAUGGUCACGGUCCACUUGCCCAAAACUAUCCUCAGCAUCAAUCUGACUGCCACACAGGGCAGUUACACAUAUGACAAUGGUACAAAGUUGUUGGUAUGGGACAUUGGAAAGUUGAACCCACAGAAGCUUCCUAACUUGCGAGGUAGUCUGAGUCUGCAGGCUGGAGCCCCCAAACCAGAGGAGAACCCCAGUCUGAACAUCGACCUGAAGAUACAGCAACUUGCAAUAUCAGGACUGAAGGUGAACAGGCUGGAUAUGUUUGGUGAGAAGUACAAGCCUUUUAAAGGUGUUAAAUACAUCACCAAGGCUGGGAAGUUCCAGGUGCGGACUUGAAGAGUGAAACCUAAAGGUCAUAGGUCAACUAGCCAACGUGCCUAAUGCUCUGGGUCAAAGGUCAACUCUUAGACAUGCUGCCUGUCAACUAUUAUGCUCUCUAUUUGUAGUUCAGAGCCAUGAUCGGUCCAUUAUGACAAAUGUCUGAAACUUGUAAAAAGAUUCACGUCACAGCAGACUGUUGUGGCUCUGCAACAGCAAACUGAAUUGAGCUUUUUACAUGCCCAGUGUCAACCCUCCUACCUUAUGCCUUUUUAUACCCCUAUACUCCUUCUAUAUUAGGGACAGAGCCUGUAUUAAAUAACUUUGUUGUUUAUUUAAAUGUUUAUUAUUUGGAUGGAAUGGAGUUGUUGGUCUGCGAAGGGAAUUGUUUUGGACAAUCAACCUAUUAUUUCUCCUGUAUCUGGAAUUAAAUAACCUCUACGGAAUCUCACUGUGUUCCGGCAGAGCCCACCUCUCGCUCUGUUUCUCUUGCUCACUCAUCUCCCCUCUUUCUAUCUUCUAUUUCUCUGCUUUAGCAGGUAAAGAUUGAAUAUCUAGUUUUAUAUAAAGCAUAUUUUUUGACCAUUUUAUGACUAAUAACCCUCUAAUGCUGAGUAACUGCAACCAUGAGUGGAAUCUCAUUUGGUCAUACAUGGUGUUAAUGAAUAUACAGGCUAACAAUUACUGCAAGUAUUAAUACAUAUACAUAAAGUCACUACUGCAUUUUAUUUGCCGUUCUCACCAGGGCCUUUUGGUUGUCCUAAUGUUAUUUUGCCUACAACCUUCCCACAACAUUUUGGGAAUGGUGCAGGGUAGUUGCAUGGCUUUGGAACAUUGUCAGCACAGUUAAAGAACUUGACAAAAAAACAUGAUUUUCUUUGUAUUUCAUUACUUUAACACAACGUUUCCUAAAAGUUCAAACAUGGUUACAUUUAAUUUCAAUUUUGGUAAUGUUCUAGGAACAUUCUCCAACUUGUUUGACAUUGGGAAUGUUCUCAAAGAUCAGAGAACAUUAAGAAUCAAUGUUCUUCUGUGGAAAUUUCAGUACUUCAGCAUAAUGUUUUCUGCAGGUUUCCUUAUGGUUCUAUUUAAAAUCAUGUUCUCAGAACAUUAAGAAAACUUGCCAAAAAAACUCAAAGUAAAUAUUUUGUAAUGUUCUAAGAAUGUUAUUUAAAAACAUGAAUUCUCAUCGUCAACAAAACUCUCUAUCCUCGAUCUUGUUAAGUGUGUUGGCCUGAACUUGUUUUCUUUGAAAUGGGUUCUGUUUUGAAUAGACUAAAAUGAACAGCUUUGUAUGAGUUAAAAAACAUUGCAUGCCAGCUCCUUCCUGGUGGUGCAGUGGACGAAAUGCACGGAUGAAGUCAAGAAGAUCAUAGGUUAGAAUGUCACUGACGGGACGGCAUGCCACAAUAAAACAUUUAUGUUUGCAUGAUUUAAUGCUUAAAUUAGUUUCCAUGAGCCGGGUGCUUGGAGUUCAGAACAGUCAGAACAGUUAUCCCAAAUGUAAGCUAGCAGUGUAAUUAAAAGUCUUAGUGAAAGUUUGGGGUCACAACAUUUUAGAAUGUUCUGAAACUUAUUUUAUUACCAAAUUAUUUUAUUAUUCAAAUAAUGUUUUUAAAACCUCCCUGCAAACUAAAAUUCAAAUGAUUACGUUCCCAAUAGACAUUUUCCCAUAGAGGGUUAGAGUAAUGUGGUUAAUGUGGAUGCUACCAUGAUUAUGCAUAAUAAUGAAUUAAUCGUGAAUACUGAUGAGUGAGAAAGUUAGAGGCACAAUAAUCAUCAUGGCAUUUUUCAGGAUUAUUUUAGAAGUGUUCAGAAACAUCUUAUCUACACUGAACAAAAAAUGUGAAGAUAAGCACAACAUCUCCUUCGCAUUGAGUUGAUCAGGCUGUUGACCCACUCCUCUUCAAUGGCUGUACGAAGUUGCUGGAUAAUUGGCGGGAACUGGAACACGCUGUUGUUCACAUCGAUCCACAGCAUCCCAAACAUCUCAAUGGGUGAUAUGUCUGGUGAGGAUGCAAGCCAUGAAAGAACUGUGACAUUUUCAGCUUCCAGGAAUUGUGUACAGAUCCUUGCUACAUGGGGCCGUGCAUUAUCAUGCUGAAUCAAGGUGAUGGCAGCGGAUGUUUAGCACGACAAUGAGCCUCAGGAUUGCGUCUCGGUAUUUGCAUUUAUUUAUUAUGGAUUCCCAUUAGCUGCUGCAAAGGAGCAGCUUCUCUUCCUGGGGUCCAGCAAAAUUUAAGGCAGUUUAUACCAUUUUCUUUUAAAUAUAACAAUACAUUCACAGAUUUCACAACACACUGUGUGCCCUCAGGCCCCUACUCCACCACUACCACAUAUCAACAAUACUAAAUCCAUCUGAAUGUAUAGUAUCGUGUGUCUGUGCCAAUGUUUGUGAUGGAAUCUCUGUGCGUUCAAAUUGCUAUUGAUAAAAUGCAAGCUUACGCCUGCCCAUACCAUAACCUCACCGCCACCAAGGGACACUCUGUUCACAACUUCGACAUCAGCAAACCGCUGACCCACAUGAAGCUAUCUGCCCGGUACAUUUGAAACCGGGAUUAAUCAGUGAAGAGCACACUUUUCUAGCAAUCAAUCAGGUCAAGACCCUGGUGAGGACAACGAGCACACAGAUUAGUUUACCUGAGACAGUUACUGACAGUUUGCAGACAUUCUUCGAUUGUGCAAACCAACAGUUUCAUCAGCUGUCUGGCUUUCUGGUCUCAGACAAUCCCGCAAGUGAAGAAGCUGGAUGUGGAUGUCGUGGACUGGCGUGGUAACACGUGGUCUGCAGCUGUGAGGCCGGUUGGACGUACUGCCAAAUUCUCUAAAACAAUGUUGGAGGUGGCUUAUGGUAGAGAAAUGUAUAUUAAAUUAUCUGGCAACAGCUCUGUUGGACAUUCCUGCACUCAGAAUGUAUAUUGCACUCUCCCUUUUUAACUUGAGACAUCUUUGGCAUUGCAUUGUGACAAAAUGCACAUUUUAGAGUGGCAUUUUAUUGUCCCCAGCACGAGGUCCACCUGUGUAAUGAUCAUGUUUAAUCACGAACAGGGUUGUACACAAAUUUGUGCACAACAUUUGAGAGAAAUAUGCGCUUUAUGCGUAUGGAACAUUUCUGGGAUCUUUUGUUUCAGCUCAUGAAAUAUGGGACCAACACAUUUAUAUUUUUCUUCAGUGUAUUCACUUAGAAAGAAAAUUACUCCCAUCAGUUCAUAUUGGGCAAAACACAACCUGAAGCAAAUGCAUCCAAAUAAAAUUGUAUUGGUCACA